GCUUCAACUUCUGACACUGCCAAAGACACAACAACCAUCAAACAUCUAAAUUUUUGUCAUCCUUUAGGCAUUAAUCAAAUCACAGAGGAGACAUGUGAGAUAUCAGUGGUGGUCUCAGAUUACAGCCCCCACCCAUAAUGGUGACAAUACCACUCAGAAGUGUCCAGGCAGUCAACCUGCUCUUAUCUUCUGGGAUUGUAAUCUUCAUGUCAGCAGGAGUCAUCAUAGAGACAUGGGUUGAAUUGAACUUGGAAACAAAAAACCCUAGAAGUCACAGUCCAUGGUUAUAUUACGGAGAUCUAUGGCCAGAAGCAGAUGACAUGAAAUUUGUGAGGACCCUGAUGAUUUCAGUCUUCAGUCUGGCCUUCAUCCAUAAUCUUUUCCUGGGCUUGGAAUACAGCUACAUGAUUCCUGAAACUAAGUAUCUCCACCUCAUCCCUACCCUUCUUGGUCUCGUCACAGGUGGCCUUCACCUCUGUGCACUCGUACUCUAUCACCAAAAGCUGAUCCAAGGUGUACCUAUGUACUACAGUAGUUACAAGAUCACCUGGGUCACUUUUACUACCUACUUCAAUGCCUUUUGUUCUGCUGUCUCAGGAGUACUCUCCUUCCUACCACAUAUCAGUAGUACCUGCCUGAAGUUCACCCACACAUCCUCCGAAGAAAGUCUGGUUAUGCAGGAAUCCACCAGUUCCAUCAAAGUGGUUACACUACCAGAACGGACAGCAAUGCCUCGAAGUAUUGUCCGUGUGCACUCAGGGGACGUCAAGCCACAUGUCCCUACACGCCGAGUAACCUGGGCUCUGUGAUUUAACAGUCUUAACUUUCCGUGCGUGCUUAUCUAACCAGAUACCUGUGCACACGUGUGUUCUGCAUGCAUCUCCGAGCUGUUGUGGACUUGGCAUUAUACAAACAGGAGCGGUUGGGAUGGAGUUUGUAGAAAAUCCAGGAGAUUUGAGGAGUGGGAGGGGGGGCUCCAGCCCUACUUAGGAAAUGGUGUCUUCUACAACAUUCUUUACUAUUAUAAUAAAUAUUGUCAUAACUGUUA